AUGGUGGAUCAGCAGACUGUGUGUUGUAUGUGCGGCGAUGUGGGCUUUCCCGACAAGCUCUUCCGCUGCAUAAACUGCGGCAACCGCUUCCAACACUCGUAUUGCAGCAACUAUUACAGAUCAUUGGCCGACCCUAUUGAAGUAUGCGACUGGUGUCAAAGUGAGGGAAGAAAUUCGAAGCACGGAAAUUCUUCAAGCAAAUCUAUGCAUACAAAUGCGGUACGAUCAGCCUACUCGAGCAACAAAAUCAAGCAUGAUCGCGAAGAGGGCACGGAGAAGGUCGGAAAGAGCCCGACUAGCACGCCUUCACCCCGGACUACCACACGCAGGUACAAGCUUCUCAAGGAUGUAAUGUGUUGA